UACGUUCGCGCUCUGGCACGAGAGCGGAAGUCAAGUUUUUCCCGCCAAGGCCAAACACCGAGGAGUUACCCUGGAUUUCCUUCUGAAAUGGCCGAUAUAUUGGAAGGUCCCCGCGUUCGUGUCAGCGCGAGUCAGUUGUCGCAAUACAUCGGAAAGCCAGUCUGUUUCGUGGGACGCCUUGAAAAGAUCCAUCCAUCUGGGAAAUUAUUCUUUCUAUCUGAUGGAGAAGGAAAAAAUGCAACAAUUGAGCUAAAUUCACCUCUUGAAGAAGAGAUAUCUGGCAUUAUUGAAGUAGUAGGAAGAGUUACAAAUCAAUUGAAUAUCAUAUGUUCGUCAUAUAUGCAAUUCAAAGAAGAUAAAAACAUGUUUGAUCUUUCAAUGUACAAUAAAGCUGUAAAAAUUAUCCAUGAAUUUCCUGAGUACUACCCUUUCAGUACUGAUGUAUGACUGAUGCGUAUCUUGAUAUUGUGAGACCUUUUAUAAUGUUUAUUGAACGAAACUAUGAAAAGCAUCACUGGACAACUUUUCAAAAAAAUCUAAUUUUCUAAUAAUUUGUUGUGUCUCCCAUAUGUGACAAACUUGGAUUUCAUAUUUGUUUUCCUUUUAGUGGAUAGUAACAUAUUUUUAAUGUUAACAUUUUGAGAUAAAUAUAUGUAUGUGAAAAGCACUCAAAUUAAA